AUGUCCAGAAACACGUCGGCAAUCAGUGUCAAGUUGGUUGCUGCGGAAUCCCUUUACAAAAGGGAUGUAUUUCGUCAACCUGAUCCAUUUGCCGUUAUUACAGUUGACGGAUCACAGACCAAAACUACAAAAACUGCUAAAAAGACACUCAACCCAUACUGGAAUGAAACGUUUACUUUCCAAGCACUGGAGGAUUCUAUAUUAGUCAUACAAGUAUUUGAUCAGAAAAAGUUUAAAAAGAAGGAUCAAGGGUUUCUCGGAGUUGUUAAUGUUCGAAUUGGCGAUUUAAUUGACUUUGGAUUACCAAAUUCAGAAGAAACAAUUACUAGAGAUUUGAAAAAACUGAUGGAAAAUGUUGCCAUUAGUGGAAAGAUUAUUGUCGUUAUUUCACAUAGUAGAUCUCUGGCUAACGGGUCCGGUAUUAGAUCUUCCAAUGGACAAAGAGCUACUUCCAAUGGUACCGCUUCUGCAGCCCCCCCACCUGCCACUAGCCCUAGCGCUUCGUCGUCAGCUGGACCUAUUGCUGCCACUGCUGCAGCUGCUUCAAGUAGUUCUACAGCUCAUAGACAAUAUUCUUCAUUUGAAGACCAAUAUGGAAGACUACCACCCGGAUGGGAAAGAAGAACUGAUAAUUUUGGAAGAACAUAUUAUGUUGAUCAUAACUCAAGAACAACUACUUGGCAAAGACCCGCAUUGGAUCAAAGUGAGGCUGAAAGGGGCAAUCAAAGACAACACGAUACUGAAGCUGAAAGAAGACAACAUCGUGGUAGAACAUUACCAGGGGAGACACCAACAAGUCCAUUGCCACAACCGUCAAAUAAUUCCGUAACCAGUGGUAAUGUCACUGUCAAUGCAACUGGUGCCAAUACUCCAGUUAAUCCAGCUGCUGCAGUAUCUAUGGCUGCAUCUGGUGCAACUACAUCAGGGUUAGGCGAAUUACCUUCUGGUUGGGAGCAACGUUUUACAAAUGAAGGUAGACCAUACUUUGUCGAUCAUAAUACGAGAACGACAACAUGGGUUGAUCCAAGAAGACAGCAGUAUAUUCGUACUUUCGGCGCCAACACUACUAUACAACAACAACCUGUCAGUCAAUUGGGACCUUUGCCUUCAGGCUGGGAAAUGAGAUUGACCAAUACUGCAAGAGUUUACUUUGUUGAUCAUAAUACAAAGACCACUACUUGGGAUGACCCAAGAUUGCCAUCUUCUUUGGACCAAAAUGUACCUCAAUAUAAGCGUGAUUUCAGAAGAAAAGUGAUUUACUUCCGCUCGCAACCGGCAUUGAGAAUUCUUCCUGGUCAAUGCCACAUCAAGGUUAGAAGAGAUCAUAUAUUCGAGGAUAGUUAUCAAGAAAUUAUGAGACAAACACCUGAAGACUUGAAAAAGAGACUAAUGAUUAAAUUCGAUGGUGAAGAAGGUCUAGAUUAUGGUGGAGUGUCUCGUGAAUUCUUUUUCUUGUUGUCACAUGAUAUGUUUAAUCCAUUUUACUGUUUGUUUGAGUACAGUUCACAUGAUAACUACACAUUGCAAAUCAAUCCUAAUUCAAGUAUUAAUCCAGAACAUUUGAAUUACUUCAAAUUUAUUGGAAGAGUUGUUGGUUUGGGUGUGUUCCACAGACGAUUCUUGGACGCAUUUUUCGUUGGUGCCUUGUACAAGAUGAUGCUACACAAAAAAGUUGUUCUUCAAGAUAUGGAAGGUGUUGAUGCGGAAUUCUACAGAUCUUUAAAAUGGAUCUUAGAUAAUGACAUCACUGAUAUAUUGGACUUGACAUUUAGUACUGAGGAAGAAAUAUUUGGUGAAAGAGUGGAGGUUGAUUUGAAGCCUGAUGGAAAGAAUAUAGAGGUCACUGAGGAGAACAAACAUGAAUAUGUUGAAUUGAUAACGGAAUGGAGGAUCUCCAAACGUGUUGAAGAGCAGUUUAAAGCGUUUAUUGAUGGAUUUAAUGAAUUGAUACCACAAGAAUUGGUGAACGUGUUUGAUGAAAGGGAAUUGGAAUUGUUGAUUGGUGGAUUGGCAGAAAUUGACACUGUUGACUGGAAGAAACAUACUGAUUACAGAGGAUACCAAGAGCUGGACCAAGUUAUACAAUGGUUCUGGAAAUGUAUCAACGAAUGGGAUUCCGAACAAAAAGCUCGUUUGUUACAAUUUACCACUGGUACUUCACGUAUACCGGUCAAUGGUUUCAAGGAUUUGCAAGGUAGUGAUGGUCCAAGAAGAUUCACAAUUGAGAAAGCUGGUGAGCCUAACCAAUUGCCCAAGUCACAUACAUGUUUCAAUAGAGUUGAUUUGCCACCAUAUGCUGACUAUGAAAGUUUGAAACAGAAGUUAUCCUUGGCUGUGGAAGAGACUGUUGGUUUUGGUCAAGAGUAG